AUGGUCACGUGGGGCCGCGGCACUUUGGUGUUGCAGGCAGACGCGAGGUAUCGUCCUCGGCCAGCCGUGGCAGACGGCGGCGUCAAGACACCUUUACAACCAAAAUCACUGAAUUCCCUUGAUCGCCUCGCGAAGCCCUUUAAAUGCCCAGGAUCAGCGACACAAACUCGGGCAUCCGAGAAGCCCGCCCGAAAGAGGAGAAAGGUCAGCUAUGCAGAUGCCGACGGCAGCACAGAGGAUGGGACAGAGAAGCCAUACACAAAUGAAGAUCGACUCGCACUGGCAACGCGAGAAGUGAACAGGUUCCCCGUCUUCAAGGCUAAGGACAAGGAUACAGCGUUUCGGCAAAGAUUCCGAAUCCCAUUGAUCAAUAAGAACACGGGCGAGUACAACCCUGGUCGAGUUGCUCCGACACUGGGCCUGCGACAAGGCGCCUCGUUCAUCGCUAAACCGUUGCAUGAUCCAAGCGGAGAAUUCGCGAUUGUUCUUUACGACCCUACUGUCGAUGGCGUCGCCGAAGAGCCCCAGCCUAAAGAUGCCGAAGAAGCUCAGGAACAAGAGAAGCCGAAAUUGGAAGAACCGCUGGUACAUAAAAGUCUGGCAGACAUUCUUGGUAUUAAGAAGAAAGUGGAAGGCCGACCAAAAGUGCCCGUGGUUAUUGAUCCGAGAUUAGCGAAGGUUCUCCGACCACAUCAGGUCGAGGGUGUUAAGUUUUUGUAUAGAUGUACGACUGGUUUGAUUGAUAAGAAUGCAAAUGGUUGCAUCAUGGCAGACGGCAUGGGUCUUGGUAAAACGCUCCAAUGUAUCUCCCUGAUGUGGACAUUACUCAAACAGGAUCCCGAGGCCGGGAGGACAACUAUCCAAAAAUGUGUCAUCGCAUGCCCAUCCAGUUUGGUUGGUAACUGGGCGAAUGAACUGAGCAAAUGGCUUGGUAAAGAUGCCACUACGCCAUUUGCAAUCGAUGGAAAGGCUUCCAAAGCGGAGCUAACUCUUCAGAUCAAGCAGUGGGCCAUUUCCUCUGGCCGAGGAAUCGUCAGGCCCGUACUCAUUGUUUCAUAUGAGACACUUCGGAUGUACGUAGACGCGCUGAAGGACACCCCAAUUGGUCUCCUCCUGUGCGACGAAGGACACCGUCUCAAAAAUAAGGAAAGCUUGACUUGGACAGCUUUGAACAGUCUGAACGUUAGUCGACGUGUCAUUCUUUCUGGAACCCCCAUUCAAAACGAUUUAUCUGAAUAUUUUGCCUUGCUACACUUCGCCAACCCCAACUUACUGGGCUCACAAAAUGAGUUCCGCAAGAGGUUUGAGCUCCCAAUUCUUCGCGGUCGAGAUGCAGCUGGGUCAGAAGAGGAGCGCAAAUUGGGCGAUGAACGUUUAACUGAGUUGUCUGGUAUUGUUAAUAAGUUUAUCAUCCGCCGCACAAACGAACUUCUAUCAAAGUACUUGCCUGUCAAGUACGAGCAUGUUGUGUUCUGCAACAUGUCUCCAUUUCAGCUGGAUCUCUACAACCACUUUAUUCAAAGCCCUGAAAUUCGAAGCCUUCUACGAGGGAAGGGCAGCCAGCCUCUGAAGGCUAUUGGUAUCCUGAAGAAACUUUGCAACCACCCCGAUCUUUUGAAUCUGUCAAAUGACCUUCCUGGGUGUGAACAUACACUCCCCGAUGAUUAUGCACCGCCGGAUUCCCGUGGACGUGACCGGGAUAUUAAGAGCUGGUACUCCGGAAAGAUGAUGGUCCUCGAUCGCAUGCUCGCUCGUAUCCGCCAGGACACCAACGACAAGAUCGUACUGAUUAGUAACUAUACUCAGACCCUGGAUCUAUUUGAAAAGCUAUGCAGAUCACGCGCAUAUGGCUGUCUACGACUGGAUGGAACAAUGAACAUCAAGAAGCGAUCCAAGCUGGUGGACAAGUUCAAUGACCCGGAUGGCCCAGAAUUUGUCUUCCUGCUCAGUAGCAAGGCUGGCGGCUGUGGCCUCAACCUGAUUGGUGCGAAUCGACUUGUCCUUUUUGAUCCAGACUGGAACCCAGCUGCCGACCAGCAGGCGCUGGCGCGUGUCUGGCGUGACGGUCAAAAGAAGGACUGCUUCGUAUAUCGGUUUAUCGCUACCGGUUCAAUUGAAGAGAAGAUUUUCCAACGCCAAUCACACAAACAAUCCCUGUCGUCAUGUGUCGUAGACUCUGCUGAGGAUGUCGAGCGUCACUUUUCUCUAGAGUCUUUACGAGAGCUGUUUCAGUUCAAACCCGAAACCCGCAGUGACACACAUGACACUUUCAAGUGCAAACGAUGCCGUGAUGAUGGUACUCAGUUCAUCAAAGCCCCAGCUAUGCUUUACGGUGAUACUAGCUCCUGGAAUCACUUUGUCAAUAAUGGAGAAAAUGGCCCUUUAUCUAAGAUCCAGGAUCUGCUCAUACGUCAGGAAACUGGCGAACGCGAUGUCUCGGCCGUUUUUCAGUAUAUCAGCCACUAA